AGAUUUAGAUGGGUGUUGAAUGUUAUUAUUGAUAAUGGGAAGAAAUAGAUUGAGAUUGUUUUCUGUUGUGCUGGAUUGUUUCGCUCCUGAACAACGAUAUGAAGAAGAUAAUAAUAAUAAUAAUAAUAAUAAUGUUGAGCUUCCACAGCACAUUGAAGAAGGAGGAGAAGGAGGAGGAGGAGGAGGAGGAGGAGAAGAAAGUACAGAAGAUUUUGAGCAAGGUGUGCACAUAACUGUGCAACGUUUGGCUGGUGGAUCUCGCCAAGUUAAGCGCAUUAAAUUCAGUCGUGAAGUGUUUAGCGAAAUGCAGGCAAGAUUGUGGUGGGAAGAAAAUCGGGUGAGAGUACAUGAGCAUUAUUCUUCAACUGGGAAUUGAGAUCAACUUUCUUAUUUGGUGUCAUCAUUGAUACUUUUUUUCUCUGUCUAGACAAAUAAAGAAAAGAUUUCUUAGCCCAAUUUGGUGUGAUCUUUG